AUGAGCUACGAGCGAGCUCGGCAUGACUCGUUGGAGCUAAGAAGUUUGGCAUCUGACGAUCGCUUGGAAGACGAAUUUUCGAUCUCAAGUCCUGCCUUGUCGUCUCCAGACGCGCUGAUAUCUGAGCAAGCGCACGCAGAUGCUAUCUCGCUAGAAACCUUGGAAAACACCCUAUCGGAAGUCGGUCUGGAAGACUAUAUGCGCGUUAAAAGACCAAAAAAGCUGAAAUACAUCCACGGGUUAGGAUUGAUUGUUGGUUUGCAGAUUGGCUCUGGUAUUUUUGCCAGCCCUAAUCAGGUUAGCUCCCGGGCGGGAUCUCCGGGUAUGGCUCUGUUGGUUUGGGUUGUAUCCGGUGUACUUGCAUGGACAGGAGCAUCGUGUUAUGCAGAACUGGGUGCUGCAAUUCCUCUCAAUGGCGGCACACAAGCCUAUCUGGGGGAGAUUUUCGGGCCCUUGGCUGCGUUUACUUAUACUUGGUCUACUGUGACAAUUUUGAAGCCGGGGAGCGCAGCAAUUAUUGCUUUGGUUUGCGGAGAAUACCUGGCCAAAGGCCUUGGCAUUAACUCAACAGUUGCCGAAAAGGUGCUUGCUCUUACUGGACUAGUAGCAAUUGGUGCUCUAAAUAGUUACUCUAGUCGUUCCGGUGCGCAGGCGGGGAAAUGGUUUCUUGUUUUGAAAUUCGUCCUUCUACUCUUCAUUUUUGUUGUUGGACUGAUCGGCAUUACCCAAUAUCGAGCCAACAGCUUUCUCGAAGCUGGCUUUUGGGCCGAUACUGCUCCAAUAGCUAGCACGGCAUUAGCUUUGUACGGUGGUUUGUGGGCGUAUGAUGGAUGGGAUAAUUUGAACUUUGUGACUGGUGAGAUGGACAACGCUAAAAGGGACCUUCCCCUUGUCAUAAACAGUGCCAUGCCAAUUGUCAUCGUGAGCUAUGUUGUUGUGAAUAUCAUGUACUUUGGUGUACUGUCCAAAACCGAAAUUGAACAGGCCACUAGUGUUGCAUUAACAAUGGCAUACAAAGUACUUGGUUCCCCUGGUCGAGUGGUUACUUCCUUAGCAAUUGCAAGCUCGUGUUUGGGGGCAUUGAAUGCUACUGUUUUCAGUUCUGGCCAUCUGAUUCAAACUGCAGCGAAGGAACGGCACAUCCCUGCUAUCUUCAGCCACUACAACGCUAAACGGCACACACCCGUGAACGCAAUUAUUCUACAAACAGUCGUCUCUUCCCUAUAUGUUGUUGUGGGUGAGUUCAGAUCAUUAAUUGCGUUUUAUGGCUCAGCCGGCUAUAUUUUUUACUUGUGGUCAGUAAUUGGGUUAAUUGUUCUGAGGUUUCAAAGGCCCGAUCUGCCCAGACCCUGGAAAGUGCUGCCUACGACUCCGUUAUUCUUUUCAGCCGUCGCACUUUGUUUGGUGGCUGCAACCGCUUUUGCAAAGCCCAUCAUGUUUCUGGGAAUGGUCACUUUCAUUCUUCUAGCCGUGCCUAUUUAUUUAGUUAAACGCUAUUUCGCAUUAUUGUAG